AUGAAUGGCACUCCCCCGGUGUUACCGGGGUUCUACUAUGACCCGGAGAGAAAGAGAUACUUUAAGAUUGAAAAGUCUCAAACCGCUCCAUCCGCGGCGCAGUGGUCCUCAUCUUCUGUGAAGCGUCGUGAACAUGAGUCCCAAGUCGCAGAGCAAGCAGCCAAGAGGCAGCAGCUCACAAAGAACCAUGUUAAGCGCAGUGUCUUGACCCGUGAUGCCGUUACCUCGGGGCUGCUUGCUCGCGAGACAGAGGUGCAGAGGAUGGCGGAGGCUGGCCGGGGCAAGCCUGGCAAUGGGGACGUGCUCGCCGCUGCGUGGGCUCGGGAGGUGACUGCCAAGGGCAAGAUCUCGUUUGGGAUGAGUUGGGAGCUGGAUGGUCAUCCGCACAUGUCGUGCUUUCACAUCAUUGGCAAAGAGAGCGGUUCAAAGUCGGCUAUAGCAUACUCGGCGCUGGACUCGGAGUUUAUUGCGGCUGUGCGGUCUCGUCCGGGUGGACAAACAGGAGGCUCACCGCUGACUUACAAUCUUGUUCAUUGUUCUAAUACGUCGUCUAUUCAAUACCACCAACCGUCCAACAGAAUGCUCCUCACUUCGUCAGAGCGAAACGACGGCGGCGCCUUGGUUAUUUUCCGUCCUCCUCUGGACGACGUUUCCAGUGGAUCGAACUGGAGCUUGGAUGUUGACCAUAUGGCAAUACCACUUGGACGGAGAUGGUGCUUCGCCCACAAGAGUACGCCUGCGCCCGCCGCUUCAAACCUCCUUUGCGUGGUAGGCACAUCUGAUGGGAUCAUGAGCGUUCACUCCGAUGAGACGCCUCGCUGGCUCAACCCUCGUCUCCCCAAUCUUGGCCUUGAUGCAAGGGCAGAAAGGCCUACCCGCCGGGGACGCUUCAACCGGCCACGGAAAACGCCCCUUGAAAUCUUCUCUCAGGAUUUCCAGGUCGACAACCAUAAUGUGCUGUUCGCUGGCGGCCGGCAGCCUCGCGUAUGGGUUAGUGAUCUCAGAGCUCCGGCUGUCGAAUGGAGCUCCAUUAAGCACGGCUCUUCUAUUGCACACGUCCGCAGCAUCAACCCUCACCAGGUCAUCGUCGCUGGUCUACGGGACUGCAUGUCUGUCUACGACACACGCUUCGUCCAAUCUGACGAGGAAGACGCUGCAGGUCGAAACACGUCUUCUCCGGUGCUCGAGUUCCCCGAGUAUCGCAACCAGGCACGCUUUGACAUUGGCUGGGACGUAUGCCCCGAGCUCAACCUCGUGGCCUCGGCGCAGGACGAUUCCACGGUCAAGCUCUUUUCGCUGAGCUCAGGCGGCCUUGUGCGCUCCGGCACCGACUUGGAGAGAUUCCGGGCUAAGAACCCUGUCAAGGCGAUGAUGUUCCAGACGCUGCCCGGAGAGAGGCUUCCGAACCUGUACAUGGCUGACGGCGCGUAUCUGAAGAAGUUUGGUUGUGCGCCGGCCGACGAUGGCGACUAG